CGGCGCCCUGUUGGCGGUACCCGGCGUCCGCAGCACGGGGCAAGAUGGCGGCGUGCGCGCAGCGGGGCGGCCUGGCCGGGGCCCUCCUCGCCGGUACCCUGCUCACCUUCGCCCGCCUGCCGAACGCCCUCGGGCAGGCGGCGGAAGACGCGGCGGCACCAGCUGCGCCGCACCGUCGCUUUGAGUACAAAUACAGCUUCAAGGGGCCGCACCUGGUGCAAGCGGACGGGACGGUGCCGUUCUGGGUUCAUACGGGCAACGCCAUACCCAGCGCAGACCAGAUCCGUAUAACGACAUCUCUGAAAAGCCAAAGAGGGUCAGUGUGGACAAAAAACAAGUCGAUAUUUGAGUACUGGGAGGUGGAAGUGACGUUUCGAGUUACCGGAAGAGGCCGCAUUGGAGCUGAUGGAUUGGCAAUAUGGUUUACAGAAGAGCAAGGCUUAGAAGGUCCUGUCUUUGGGGCAGCUGAUAAAUGGAAUGGUGUUGGAAUUUUCUUUGAUUCCUUUGACAAUGAUGGAAAGAAAAACAAUCCUGGAGUGAUUGUUGUAGGCAACAAUGGAAAACUUCUGUAUGACCAUCAGAAUGAUGGCUCCACACAAGCACUGGCAUCCUGUCAGAGGGACUUCCGCAACAAGCCCUAUCCUGUCAGAGUGAAGAUCACCUACUACCAGAAAACACUGACCGUAUUAAUUAACAAUGGCUUUACUCCGGAUAAAGAAGACUAUGAGUUUUGUGCCAAAGUGGAAGAUAUGUCGUUGCCAUCACAGGGAUACUUUGGAAUAUCUGCAGCAACAGGGGGCCUUGCAGACGAUCAUGAUGUCCUGUCUUUCCUGACCUUCCAGCUGACUGAGCCCGGGAAGGAAGCACCAACAACAGGUGCAGAAAUUCCUCAAAAAGAUAAAGAGAAGUAUCAAGAAGAGUUUGAGCACUUUCAACAAGAACUGGAUAAGAAGAAAGAAGAAUUUCAAAAGGAACAUCCUGAUGUGCAAGGACAGCCAGCGGAUGAGCUUUUUGAAACCGUCAGUGAUCGCGAACUGCGGCAAAUCUUUGAGGGGCAGAAUCGAAUCCACCUGGAAAUAAAACAGCUGAACAGGCAACUGGACAUGAUUCUGGAUGAGCAGCGGAAAUACGUCUCUGCAGUCACAGAAGAGAUUGCUAAAAGAGGAGCUGGGGUUCCAGGCCAACAAGGACAGGUUUCCCAGCAGGAGUUUGAGACAGUUGUGAAAACUCAAGAAGAGGUCAUUAGACAAGUAACUGAAAUAAGAAAUUCCAUGGCUGAUACUCUGAGGUUGAUCAGUGGAGCUCAACAUCCUGGCUCUGCUGCAGGAGUCUAUGAAACAACUCAGCACUUCAAUGACAUCAAAGAACACCUUCAUGUAGUAAAAAGGGACAUUGAGCAUUUAGUACAACAAAAUAUGCCAUCUAACGAGAAACCAAAGUGCCCAGACCUGCCGCCCUUCCCAUCGUGCUUAUCUACCACACACUUCAUCAUAUUUGUAGCGGUGCAAACAGUGGUGUUCAUUGGUUACAUCAUGUAUAGAAGUCAACAAGAAGCAGCAGCCAAAAAGUUCUUUUGAUGACCUAUUCCUUUUGUGUGUACGUAACAGCAGUAUGUAUGCACAGCAAAUCAUACAUUUCAGUACGCGAGGGAAAUUUUAGUGGUUUAUCGAGUUCAAUACUGAAAAUUGUUGAAUUUUGUUACACAAAAUGAGUUCUCAUUUACACUGUUAAAAACAAACUGGGUGGCAGCAGAGCAAAUGAUACAUUGGGGAAGACCUGACCCUAUCUAGGUCUAUGUUUUCAUCCAACUUUCUCAAAUACUGGAAGGCAAAUGCCAUUUUCCUCCUCUUUUGUUAAGGUUUCAGAAGAGGAAAUGCAAACACCAGGUGUGGUGCUUGUUCACGAGAACUGCAGGUGGAUGGUUUGUGUGGAAAGCUUUGCCACUAAGUGUCCUGGCAUACAAGUUGAAAAAAGCAGACAAAAGAAUCCAAUCAGAACACCAAACCCCAGACAACUCUUCUUCUCUAUUGGUUGGAUUUAACAGCUUCAGACUUAAGAGUUAAUUCUAACCUCUCACGAAAUACGGAUUUCAGCACUCUGUCACCUGUGGACACGAAGACAGGCCUUUAACAGGCUAACUGGCAAUACCCGAUGUGCAAGACAAACCGUAGAGAACAAGCAAAGCCCUAACUCCUUAUUUUGGGGGUUGGUUUUAGGCUGUGAGGGAAACCACAAAGAAUUAAUUUCUUCAAGUAUAUUGCAGGAUUGAUGUCGUUUAUGUAAUUUCAAAACUGUCUGUAAUUUUGUUUGGAGAUUUGUGGAACAUUGUCGGCAAAGGUGUCACUGCUUUACACCUCUUCACACCCCACUGUAUUAAGGGUUUGGUUAGUGUAUGAAUGUGUUCACUUUUGUAAAGCUGUCUUGUUAUCAAAUACAGAUGGCUUGAUUUCAAUCUUGACAUGGCAAGUAUUCUGAACUACAGGUUUUGAGUGAGUGUCAACCCAUUUCUUCACCGGCUGUUGCUUCAGACACGGUUGUUAGUCCUGCAGCUGCUGUAGAACCAGUACUGUGUGUGUCAAGUCUCGCUUCAAUAUCAGAAGCAUAAGACUGAACAGGGGUAUUUUUCCAUAAUGCUUGUCAGGUGAACAUUUGCUUCAGGACAAAAGCAAAGCAGAUAGCCCAAAUUAGGAAUGUGAAAUUAAUUAAUUUUACCUUGUUUACAUAUCUGUGGUAACUUUGUCCUCGAGUUGUUUGCGUGUAGAGUUAGAAUGGGGUGGGAUGGUUUAAUAUUCAGCAGUGCACAAAUGCAUCAGGAUAGUUCACUUGGAUUACUAGUCUGUCCAAAUCUAGAGAAACUCUGGAAUCUACUCUGCCACUACUACAUUCCUACAGUCUGCUCUCCGAGUGUAACACGUGCUGCCAAAUUUGCUGUAAUGCAGAACACUUCAGUAUUGUGCCUGUCAGUUUGGAGAAAUGAUAGAUCUAUGCAAUGUAUUUUAGUACUUAAAGUAGGGUCCAAAAAGUGGAUCUGUGCUAUACCCAUAAAACAACACUACUUACAGACCUAUUUACAGAGCUGCAGUAUGUGAUACACUGUCAGUGGUAUAGAUUUAUAAAUUAAUUACUAAAUUUGAGAAGAUUUUGCUGUACUAAUGGGAGAAGCUGCUGCCUCAAGCUGAUCUUGCUGGAUAAAUGUGAUCAACGCAUGAAAAAACAUUUAAAUAAGCCAGAAUAAAACAGGAGUUCAUCCGUUCAGUUCCUUCAACACCAGCAAAUAUUUACAGGUGCCUUGAGUCUAAGCUGUUAGAACCCUGACUUCUAAAUUCAUCCGUUUUCCAAAAUCAUUCUGAGCAUGUACAGUGUUGUUCCUCUCAGCUGCAAGCCUUCCUGCAGCGCCUAAGCAGAACUGUCACGUGGCAGGCUUUGCAAAACCCUUCCUAAACCAAGGCUAGCAGUCGUAUUUUGGUAAGUGAAUGCAUCUGUCUGGCACAAUGAGGAACAGCUCAAUAGAAUCAGCUAGAAGCCUGUGGGGUUUGUUGCUGUGAAUUCAGUCAGCCAACACUUGGUUUUAAAGGCAGAGCAGUCCAUGCCUUUGCAUCUUUUGUUAGAAAGGGCAAGGCUAGGGACAGUGUUUAGGAGAAGAUUACAAUUGUAUCUUCCUGGGAACCUCAGCUCAUGUGUUGUUGCUGCUAAUAGAGCUGACAUCUUCUGUGUGCAGCCAGGAAACUUUGGUAUUAGAGAGCAGAAGGUCUAAACUGUAACAUCCAAAAAGUGGUAACUUUGCUUCAUGCUUCAUUUCACAGUCAUCUCUCCUUGGACCUUCCAUAACUGCCUCAUCACUCACUGGAUCAAAGGAAAGCUCCCAAUUGCCCAGCUCAACUUUUGUCCUGUAUGUUGCUGAAGUACUAGCAACAAAUUUGGAAUUGAAAGAGUAUUUGUCAGUGUAGCCUCCUGUUAUGGCUGGCUACAAGAAGUUUCUUUCAACACUGAUAGUGUGUUUGAUACUUGUCAAGGAAGCUUUCAGGACUAGAAGACAAUGCCUUGGAGUUUGACAAUAUGGGGAAGAACAAGUCUAAUAAUAGUAUUUGAAGUGUGAAUAAGUAGUAAAUAUUUGGCAGUGACGAGAAUCAUGUACUGGUCAGGGUCUAUUACAGUCACAACCCAACUCUUUCAACAGUAAAGUUCACAAUAUGGUUUGUAAAUUCCUGUCUGCAGAAAAUCUGACACUUAGAGAUGCAUCAAUUACUGAAACAGUGAAGAUUGUCUACUGUUGGGGGGUUUUAAUUCAAGCAGCUGACAUUUUCCUGUGUUUAUUUCUGACUAAUGUAAAUUGAUUCCUGGAGUUAAGAGAUGACCUUAUUUGAAUAAAGAUGCAUAUUUUUAGUAA